GCUUUCGGUGGCGAAAAUAAAAGCAGGAAUCGGCGUUGAAAAGAGAAAUGUUGAUGCAAAGAAACAAUUAGCAUCAAGUCUACAAUCUACCUUAUAUAGAUAGAUUUUAAUACAAAGACAGAGUCCAGUCAGAGGAGAGGUAGGCGACCUUGUUCUUGGUUCCAGACACUCCGGCCACCAGCCCUCCUUCGUUCUACGAGCCUCGUUGUGCCCCUCGUCUCCUCGUGAAGAUGGCACCCUCCCUGGCCACAGCCUUCUCCAGGCGCUGGUGGAUGGCUGUGACAGCGGUCAUAGAGAACCUGCUGUUCUCUGCUGUGCUGCUGGGCUGGGGCUCCCUGCUCAUCAUGCUCAAGUCUGAAGGCUUCUACUCCUACCUCUGCAGAGAACCUGGUAACAGCACCAGUCAGAACCAGUCUGAGCCAGUCCAGGUUCGGGAUGCGGAGGGGAUCACCCAGAGCCCCGUGGUGGAGGAGGAGUACCUCCAGAUGAACGGCUGGCCCAUCUGUAAGGACCAGGAUGAGAUGCUGAACUUGGCCUUCACUGUGGGCUCCUUCCUCCUCAGUGCCAUCACCUUGCCCCUGGGCAUUGUCAUGGACAAGUAUGGCCCACGCAAGCUCCGGCUGCUCGGCAGUACCUGCUUUGCUUUCUCCUGUAUCCUGAUCGCUUAUGGAUCGAGCGACCCCAAGAAUUUGUCCAUCCUCAUAUUCUUUGCUCUGGCACUGAACGGGUUCGGAGGAAUGUGCAUGACCUUUACUUCCCUCACGCUUCCCAAUAUGUUUGGUGAUCUUCGUUCCACCUUCAUCGCUCUCAUGAUUGGAUCGUAUGCAUCCUCCGCUGUCACCUUCCCUGGGAUCAAGGUGAUCUAUGACCUAGGAGCCACCUUCAUCACUAUCCUGCUGGUGUGGGCUGCCUGUGCUGGCCUCGUCUUCAUCAACUGCUUCUUCAACUGGCCCCUGGAGCCCUUCCCUGGACCUGAGGAUAUGGACUACACUGUGAAGAUCAAGUUCAGCUGGCUGGGCUUUGACCAUAAGAUCACUGGAAAGCAGUUCUACCGCCAGGUGACCACGGUGGGGAGACGACUCAGCGUGGGGAACAGCAUGAAGCAAAACCCAAAGGAGCUGGCCCAACAGGAGGGCAACAAGCUGUGUCUCUCCACCGUUGACCUGGAGGUCCAGUGCAAGUCUCAGGAGGAAUCCCAGUCCUUCAUGAAGAGUAUCCUGAGUCCUAUUUUCAUGCUCAGCCUGAUCACCAUGUGUGUCACCCAGCUGAGACUUAUCUUCUACAUGGGAGCCAUGAAUAACAUCCUGGAGUCGCUGUCCGACAGAGACUUGAACACAGUGAGUGUGUACACCUCCAUUUUCGGGGUGCUGCAGCUGCUCUGUCUGAUGACCGCCCCAGUGAUCGGGUACAUCAUGGACUGGAAACUCAAAGAGUGUGAGGAUGAGAAGGCGAAGCCGGGCAAAAGAGAUCUUACCCAGCCCAAGCGUCGUGACAGACAGAUCCAGAAAAUCACCAACGCCACACGGGCCUUCAUCUUCACCAACCUGCUACUGAUGGGCUUCGGGGUCACCUGCCUCGUCCCCAGCCUCCCUCUCCAGAUUCUAUCGUUUAUUCUGCACACUAUUGUGAGAGGAUUCAUCCACUCUGCGGUUGGAGGGCUCUAUGCUGCUGUGUACCCGUCGUCUCAGUUUGGCAGUCUGACAGGCAUGCAGUCCCUCAUCAGCGCCCUGUUUGCCCUGCUGCAGCAGCCCCUCUUCAUGGCCAUGAUGGGCCCCCUGAAGGGAGACCCCCUAUGGGUCAACGUGGGCCUGCUGGGGCUGACGGUGCUGGGCUUCUGCCUGCCUCUCUACCUGCUCUGCUACAGCCGCCAGCUCCAACGCCAGAAGCAGGAGCGCGAGGAGGACCCCAAGAUCUACGUCCAGAUGAACAACGGCAGCACGCCCGAGGCCUUCAUCUAGAGAGACAGACUGACGGACGGAGAUUUGUUUCAACAAUGAGAAGGAGGAACGGAGAGUGUGAGGAGGGGGAGAGGUCACAGGUGUGACUGAACUGUAUGAUGAAAUCGCAAUCUCACCCACCAACUCCGGUCCCUCUACCGUCUGCACUUGCACUCAGACGAUACUUUCUCUCUCUCUCACCCCCCCCCACACACACACACAACUCCCUUACAUUCCCCCUCACACACAGACACAGACAUACAUACAAACACAUACACACAAGCGCUCGACACACACACACACCACGCCGACUGCCAAACACACUCUGUCAAACCUACAGUAUAUGUUCACCAAUCUCAGAUAACUACUAUGAUAAACGCACACACUUUUACACUCCCCAGCACCAAAUGGACAUUGUUCAUCUUCUCACCGCUGAAAUGAGAAAGGACAAGCGCGGGUCUGUGAACUGAGGAGAAAGGAGAGAAGAAGAGGGAGGAGGAUCUCCACGACUUUCUCCUCCCUUCCAGCCUCCUCUUUGUUUCAGUGCUCUAUCAUUUUUUUAAUUAAAUUUUUCUGUCAAUGAUGCCAUGCUCACUCCUGCCUGUCAGUGCAAAAAGAGGACACUGAUUCUCCGGUCACCCUGCGAAAAGAACUAGAGAGGAAGCAAGCGUUCAACGCCAUGUCAAAGACCUCCAGUGCUGGAUGUGGUGACUUGAACCAGAUAAGCAGAUGACGUCCUCCUCCUAAUUACAAUUACCCAGGCCACCAGUGUUUUUACAUGCGUUUUUAAUGAUGCCAGUAACGACGACGAGUAUCGCCUCACUUUCAAAUUCUGAUCCAAAUUAGUCUCGCACCGUCUCGUGCGGCACUUGGGGUCUUCUACUUCACGCCCUGAAAACUGGUUUAAUGAUUAGGACGUUAUUGAAACGUUAUCUAAACGUUUAUUGGCGAUAGGCCUGUAUUUUUCUCUGUGGUUGUUACAUGUCAAUGCCUCUCUGUUGUCACAAGUAGUUUAGACUGGAGGUAGGAGUGAAACAGGCGGUAUAGAAGUUCCAGUACUCCAAAUGGUGCUAAGAGUUCAUCCUGCCAUAACGUUCCCAUUUGCUUCUGUAACGUUCCCAUAACGUUCUGCAAUGUUGGGGAUAGUCAUCAUUGUAAAUGAAUUGGUAAGAAUGGAACCUCAUGCAACCUUUAGAAGCUAGUCGAUGUAACCCUCUCAUCUAGCGAGUGUUCCUUCCAGUGUCUCAAAGACCAAACCUUGUGACUCUUGUCUUUUUAGUUCUGCCGUUGAGGAUAACAGAGGCAUGGAGUGUUAAAGCCGCAGAGAAGCUGUCAUUUUAAGACUGUUCAAACGGCUCUAGGAGACUAGAAAGCGAAGGCAUGUUUUUUGUAACACUCAGCACUCUAGGUAAAAGCCCGAGGCAAUAGCUUUGCUUUGAGUCAAUUUGAGCUUUGAGCAAGUGAUUCGGCCAAUGGGUUUCCAGUGAGCAGUGUGCAGGCCAGCGUUUUACUUCUAGGGAAUACUAUGUGACUGUGCAAAGUGGCUGUGCUUCAAACAAAAGCAUGGCACAGGUUGAAACAAGCCUCUUACCGGUAAUAAUGUGCCAAAACAACGUAAGGUACAGCACAACUGUAGAAAAAAAGGGUUCCUAAAGGGUUCUUCGGCUGUCCCCAUAAGAGAACCGUUUUUGGUUCCAAGUAGAACCCUUUUGGACAUCUGAAUAACUGUUUUAGGUUCUAGAUAACACGUUUUUUCCCCUCUAAGAGUGUAGGCUAGGUUAUCAAGACCACUGACUGGUCUUGUCUUGGCAGUCCGUUUUGUCGUGCAAAAUGAAUUUCUUAUUGAAUUGGUGUGUUUUUAUUUUAAUUUGUGAUGACCAGAUGUUGUUUUUUUCAGGAGACCUGGUUUUUAAAAAGUAAUAGUUUUAUCAACUGUAUUUUACCUGCAAAAUGAUACUGACAUGCUGUUCAAGCUUUUGUUCUGUUUCAAGACAAAUGUGAUUUAGUACAAAUGGUUUUACGAGAAAUGGUUUAAGAUAGGAGAUGUGUAGCUUAAGGUGAACUGUGGUUGCUAUGGGCCUAUACCUGCCACUGUUCUACAGUACCUGAAUUACAUUCUGAUUCGCUGUAGCAAUAAGUACUUAUGUGAGUUGCUGAGCAAUCCUCUACUCAUCCCGGCAACACAUAACUCUGUGAACACCACUGUUGUCCAACCACACACAUACACAGACACAAUGCAAGAAUGUGGAUUGAUAUAAUGUAAUGUUUAUUACAAAGGUGCUUCUCAAUGACAGGAACAUGGACUCAUAUUUUUCUUGAUGUACUGGUCAGAUAGUGACCAUCCUGCAUCUAUCAAUGGUCUCACUUACAAAGCCUCACUUUGUAGCGACAAAUUACUUGAAUUAUCGAAUUCCAAAUUCAACUUUGAUUCACUUUUCAAAUCAAAAAAGGGAGACGGAGAGAUGCUUGAAUAUGAUAUCUGAUUCUAAAUCCACACUCUUGCAGCUGUUGUGAAUGUUGUGAUCUUGGGACCCAGGUGGGCGGGCAGGCGGGUCACGAUAGGACAUUAUGUUCUUGAAUUAUCUGUUGCGGGUAACAGACACCGGAGAGAGAGCGUGACAACUUGAUUGAUGUAGCUCUACAUCCGCAGACGCAGUAUUUAGACUGGACGUGACACCUGCUUUUCCUCAGUCACUCACAGAAGCACUUCCUAAGACAGCCAUGUAAUGUAACCAGCAGAUUGCCUCUAUGUUCAGAUGAUUUGAGACGCGGAUACGAUACGGCAAGUCGGUGCCCCGCCCUCUCUCAUCAUGACCCCGUCACAUUGAUCCAUCCAUGUCCAAACCACUAUCCUGAACUGUUGCGCUGACACACCUGGUUCUCCACUGCAGUCUCACCCAAACACAAACCACCCACCCAAGAGAUCCUUCACAUACUGGCGAUGGAACCGAGAAACAAUGCUAGAAUCCCCAAAAGCUUCAGGAAUGAAAUACGUGAGAACUGAAUGGCACAUGUGCACCUUAGUCCUCAUAUCAGGAUUUCAAUGCUAUUUUUCUGAAUGGCAUGCACUGAAAUAUAACAUAGACAGUGCACCUCUUGCUGGUUCUGCAUUUUAGCAUAGAAUGUAUUCCCAGUAGUUUUUUAAAAAUUAAUAAGAGUAAUGACAUCGGAACUGCAAGAAACUGUUAUUUUUGUUACUUACCGCAGGUGGUCUUAGUCUCUCCUCUUGUAUGCACCAUCCAGUAGGUCCGUCCCUCAAUAUAGAAUGGCUCCUUGCUACUGACUGCUGUUUGGGCCUGUCUGUUUGGGUUUCUCGAUUUCAAUGAUCUACAGGUCUAGACAUCCUCACUUUGAACAUCACUCUACUUGUCGUUUACAUUAAUGUAUUUAGUGAAAAGAGAAAAAGCGUGUAUAGCCCUAUAGACUGGUUCUCGUGGCUUGAACAUGUGUCUAGAGAUUGCAGGUGGAUUCUGAUAAUGAUGCUAUACUGUACUCUAGCACAGUGAAUGUGGGGUUGGGAUGAUCUGCAUUCCCUCAGUAUGGGAGAAUCAGCACUAUUUACACUGCCAUACCAUAAAACUGUCAUUCUACUCAAAAUGCCAUCACCAUAGUUAUUUUCCAGAUGUGACAUACUUUUACUACUUAUCCCCUUCCCUGGGAUAUAAAGUGUGAUUGAUUGACUGGCUAUUCUCUGAUGACGGAAAACAAGCAGUAUUUUUUUUGGAUAGUGUUUUAAUGGUUUGUGUGUCACUUUUAGACAUUGAACGGGAGUUCAGCUGAAACACCAAUGCUUUUACCUGACUUGUACCUUGUUUUCUUCUCUCAAAUGUUUAUUUUGUUGUUUUACAUUCUCUUUUUUGGUGAUUGUUUCAAUAUUUCAUGUCUAUAUACUGUAUAUUGGAUCUCAGUUUUUGUUUUAUAUCACAUUAUAGCCAUUGUUAUUGACAUUUUGAGUCAUUUUCUAAAUGAGAAGAAAAACAAUCUAUAUAUGAAAAACAUCAACAGAUUAAUUUGUAAAAUAAAGUGUCCGUUUGUAAUUA